AUGUCUCAAACAAUUUCCCAAGAUUGUUUAACUCGCUCGAGAGCAGAAAUUUCGUUGGAGGUAACCUUCGCCAUUCUGGUGUGUCUCGCUUCCAUACUUGGUAAUGUGCUGGUUAUUUAUGUUAUAAAAAGAUACUCCGAGCUUCAAACUACUACCAACAUUUUUAUACACAAUCUUGCACUGACUGAUGUGUUCAUGGCGACCCUUAACAUGCCUUUCUGGAUAACGAGUUUGUACACGAGAAAGUGGAAUUUGAGCCAGGAAUGGUGUGAAGUUUCUGCAUCAUUACAACACACAAUGGGUUCGUCCUCCUUGUUCAUUAUGGGCUUAAUUGCCAUGAAUAGAUACAUGAAAGUCGUCAAGGGAACUUUGUACAUCAAGUUCUUUCCCAGUAAAAAAGUUGCUUGGGUGUACUGCGGUGUCGUCUGGCUGACUUCUAUGUUAUUUGCCACACCUCCGUUGUACGGAUGGGGAAAAAUGAACUUUAACUCAGAUUUUUUGUUUUGCUCAUUCGACUUGAAGGACGGACACUUUUCUUUUUUCAUUCUGCAUGUAGGAAUCUUCAACGUUACAGCGUUAACAAUAUUUUACUCCUAUUGGAAAAUUUACCAGAAGGUGAAAGAAAGCACAGAUAAUGUCAACGCCCAUGUCGUACAAAAUAGCAUCGGUGCACCAAGGCUCCAUCGUACUGACAUCGAUAUUUUGAAGAGUUGUUUCAUAGUGGUUUGUUUCUAUUUAAUUACAUGGUUUCCUUUCGCCUUAUGCGCUAUUACAAUUGCUGUUGGAGGCUACAUUCCCCACGAAGUGACUGAGGUAUCUGUGUAUUUGUUGUUCUCCAGUAGUCUUACAAAUCCAAUCAUCUACGGGAUAAUGAAUCCGCAGUUUAAAAAGGCCUUCAAAAAGGCAUUCAGUCGUGGUCGUUAUGACAACGAU